AUGAUCUAUGUGGAAAUAGCAAUGCUUCUCAAGAUGCAGGGGAAAUGGGCUAGCACAAGUGAACAAUUAUUAGGAACUGUUCCUGGCAUUGAAGUUGCUGAUAUGGUUUAAUUUAGGGCAGAGCUGGUCAUUGUAGGCCUUCAUUGUCAAUUUAUCAGAGGAAUCGAUACUACGGUCAAAGAUGGAACCAUUUUGGAAACUAGUAUUGUGGCUUCAGGCCGCUAUGCCAAUGAUAUGGUAUCCUCUAAUGUCUUAAUAUAGUCUGGUCAGGGUGGAAAUCCUGCCAUAGGAGGAGAUAGAACCCAAGAUCAAAAACUUGAACGAGGAAACCUUGCAUUGAGGAAUAGUAUGUUUGCAAAAAGUCCCCUAAGAGUUAUCAGUGGUGUUCAUCUUUCGAAGAAUCAAAAAAUUCCGAGUUACGCAGAAGUAUUUGUGAAUGACAUUCCCCAAGGCAAAGAGAAGAAGCCAAUCUACGCAGUGAAUACUUCGGAUGAUGACAAACCUCCAUCUUUUGAUUACAUUACCAACAUAACAUAUCCAAAGUGGCAUAACAAGUCCACACCUACUGGUUGCAAUUGUGUUGAUGAAUGUUCAUAUUCUAGCAAGUAUCCAUGUGUAUUUAAGAAUGGUGGAGAGAUCCCAUAUAAUUCCAAAGGGUGCAUUACUAAAGCAAAGCCCUUCACUUUUGAGUGUGGACUGUCUUGCAAGUGCCCUUCAUCUUGUCAGAACAGAUUGAGCCAACUGGGUACCAUAUAUCCACCGGAAAUCUUCAUAACUGAAUCAAGGGAUUGGGGUGUUAGAUCACAAAGCUACAUCCCUGGUGGAAGCUUCAUAUGUGAGUAUGUAGGAGAGUUGCUUUUAGAUGAGGAAGCUGAUAAAAAAACUAGCGAUGACGAGUAUUUGUUUGAUCUUGGUAAUAAUCAUGGUGACAAUGGGGGCUACACCCUAGAUGUCGUAGAGGUUGGGAAUGUUGGAAGAUUUAUCAACCCCAGUUGUUCACCUAACCUUUAUGCACAAGGUAUCUUUUAUGAUCAUGAUGACAAGAGACUGCCUCACAUAAUGCUAUUUGCUAUUAAGAACAUAUCUAUAUUACAAGAGUUGACUUAUAAUUACAAUUAUAUGGUGGGUCAAGUUUGUGAUAGCAAUGGAAAUUUAAAGAGGAAGGAUUGUUAUUGUGGCUCUCAAAAGUGCAUCGGGAGGAUGUAUUGA